AUGAAUAAAAAUUCUACGAGUGAUGAUGCUAUCUCAGUUGAGAAUUCACCUGCUGCACAACAUGCUCAUGUUGACAAUCAGCAACGUGAAAACUCAACGCAAAAUGAAUUUAAUUCAGCAGAAUGUGCCACUGCUACUAAUACAACAAAGAAGUCGUCAAUGACUCCGACACCUUUAGAAUUUUCGCAUUGGUCGCGACAUCGACCUUCAAUUGCUGCAGGUGCAUUUGCUGUAUUCACAAUUAUAGCAAUGAGUAUUGGUAUAUUGACUGUUUGUUUCACUUCACCAAAAGCUACUGUUCAAAAAUGUGAGCUCAAAUUCAAACCAACGGCUCAAAAACCAGUUGAAUACAAGUAUGGCCCACGAUCUGUUGCCGCUGGUGAUUUCGACAAUGACACAUGUUUAGAUAUAGUUAUUGCUCAUCAUAUAGCUAACACGAUAACUGUUUAUCUUGGAUAUGGUAAUGGCACUUUUAAAAGUCCAAUUCCAUAUUCAACUGGUUCCUACUCAAGUCCUUACAUGGUCACAGUUGGUUAUUUCAACAAUGAUUCUUACUUGGAUAUUGCAGUAGCAAAUUUUGGCACUAACAAUAUCGUUAUCUUUCGUGGAUUUGGCGAUGGGUCUUUCGCAAAUCACACAGAACUUUCAACAGAAUCCUCUCGUCCAAUAGCGAUUAUCGGUGCUCAUUUCAACAAUGACACACUACUUGAUAUUGCCAUAGCCAAUUACGGAAACCACAGUAUCAGUAUACUCUAUCAAUAUGGAAAUGGAAGUUUUUCGCUUCCAAUUACAUAUCCGACAGGUUACGAUUCUUUUCCGUCCUCAAUAGCUGCCGGAGAUUUCAAUAAUGACAACUAUUUAGACCUCGCCAUUGCCAAUUACGGUACUAAUAAUGUUGUGAUACUUUUUGGAAAUAGCAACAGCACUUUUGCAAAGCAAAUUACCAUCUCAACUGGCAUUGAUUCUCAACCAUACUCCAUUGCCAUUGGUGAUUUCAAUGCAGACAACUUUCUCGAUAUCGCUAUCGCUAAUUCUGGAAGUCAUGAAGUAGGUGUGCUCCUAAAUAAUGGUAAUGAAACUUUCGCUAAUCAAGUCAACUAUUCCAUCAAUUCUGCUUCUCCAAUUGCUAUUUCGGUAGGAGACUUCAAUCAAGAUAAUCGAUUGGACAUAAUCACCACGAAUCAAGGCGCUGACAAUAUAGCCAUACUUCUUGGAUAUGGGAACGGCAAAUUUGCAAAUUCAAUUAUGUAUCCAACCGGAUCUUCUUCUUCGAUUUCAGUUGCCGUAGGUAAUUUCAACAAGGACCACCGAUUAGAUAUUGUCGUGGUAAACAAUGAUACUGGUGCCAUUGAUAUUCUUGUUGGACGUUACGAAGGCUUUCAAAAUCAAACAAGGUAUUCAGUUGGCUCUUAUCCACAAUCUGUAACUAUUGGUGAUGUCAACAAUGACACUCGACUAGAUAUCGUUGUCGCCAAUUGGAAUAGCAAUGAUGUGAGUAUCCUUCUUGGAUAUGGGAAUGGUUCUUUUGAAAAUCAAACAAGAUAUCCAGUUGGCUUUUCUCCAUAUUCUAUAGCUAUUGGUGAUGUCAACAAUGACACUCGACUAGAUAUCGUUGUCGCCAAUUCGGGUAGCUAUGAUGUGAGUAUCCUUCUUGGAUAUGGGAAUGGUUCUUUUGAAAAUCAAACAAAGUAUUCAGUUGGCUCUCAUCCACGAUCUGUAUCUAUUGGUGAUGUCAACAACGACACUCGACUAGAUAUCGUUGUCGCCAAUUGGGAUAGCAGUGAUGUGAGUAUCCUUCUUGGAUAUGGGAAUGGUUCUUUUGAAAAUCAAACAAGGUAUUCAGUUGGUUCUCAUCCACAAUCUGUAUCUAUUGGUGAUGUUAACAACGACACUCGACUAGAUGUCGUUGUCGCCAAUUUGUGGAGCGCUGAUGUGAGUGUACUGCUGCAAUAUAACAGAGGAGCAAUUACAUAUGAAAUGAGCUUGGCACCUGGUGGUGGUUCUAGCCUACGAUGUGUAGUCAUUGGUGAUUUGAACAAUGACACUAAUCUGGAUAUCGUCUUAGCUAAUUACGGUACUAAUAAUUUAGGUGUUCUUUUUGGAUAUGGGAAUGGUAGUUUUGAAAAUCAAAUGAUGCUCAGCACUGGUAUGAAUUCUCAUCCGAUUUCUAUUGCACUUGGGGACUUCAAUGGUGAUCGUGAAGUGGAUAUUGCUGUGGCCAAUCAUGAUACAAAGCAUGUAGAUAUGAUGCUUGGAAAUGGGCAGGGAAAAUUUGCAAUUCAAACAAGUUAUGAAAUUAGCUUUGAUACACCUCCGUUAGUUAUGGCUUCUGGUGAUUUUAAUAAUGACGCACGAUCGGAGAUUGCUGUCGCUUACGAUGGACGUGAUCAUGUGGAUAUUUUUGUUGCGUAUAAUUAUGGUUCUUUUGAAAAUCAAAAAAGGUAUUCAGCUGGCUAUAAUCCACAAUCUGUAUCUAUUGGUGAUGUCAACAAUGACACUCGACUAGAUAUCGUUGUCGCCAAUUACUAUAGCGAUGAUGUGAGUAUCCUUCUUGGAUAUGGGAAUGGUUCUUUUGAAAAUCAAACAAGGUAUUUAGUUGGCUAUAAUCCAUCAUUUGUAGCUAUUGGUGAUGUCAACAACGACACUCGACUAGAUAUCAUUGUCGCCAAUUACUAUAGCGAUGAUGUGAGUAUCCUUCUUGGAUAUGGGAAUGGUUCUUUUGAAAAUCAAACAAGGUAUUCAGUUGGCUCUUAUCCACAAUCUGUAUCUAUUGGUGAUGUCAACCAUGACACUCGACUAGAUAUCGUUGUCGCCAAUUCGGGUAGCCAUGAUGUGAGUGUCCUUCUUGGAUAUGGGAAUGGUUCUUUUGAAAAUCAAACAAAGUAUUCAGUUGGCUAUUCUCCACAUUCUGUAGCUAUUGGUGAUGUCAACAACGACACUCAACUAGAUAUCGUUGUCGCCAAUUGGGAUAGCAGUGAUGUGAGUAUCCUUCUUGGAUAUGGGAAUGGUUCUUUUGAAAAUCAAACAAGGUAUUCAGUUGGCUCUCGUCCAGAAUCUGUAUCUAUUGGUGAUGUCAACAACGACACUCGACUAGAUAUCGUUGUCGCCAAUUCGUGGAGUGAUGAUGUGAGUAUCCUUCUUGGAUAUGGGAAUGGUAGUUUUGAAAGUCAAACAAAGUAUUCAGCUGGCUCUUCUCCACAUUCUGUAGCUAUUGGUGAUGUCAACAAUGACACUCAACCAGAUAUCGUUGUCGCCAAUUGGGAUAGCAAUGAUGUAAGUGUCCUUCUUGGAUAUGGAAACGGUUCUUUUGAAAAUCAAACAAAGUAUUUAGUUGGCUAUAAUCCAUCAUUUGUAGCUAUUGAUGAUGUCAACAACGACACUCGACUAGAUAUCGUUGUUGCGAAUAGGGGUAGCAAUGAUGUAAGUGUCCUUGUUGGCUAUGACAAUAUAGGUUUUGUAAAGAAAAUGAUACUAGUAACUGGAAAUGAUUCCCGACCACAGUGGUUAGUGAUUAGCGAUUUCAACAAUGAUGAUCUAAUGGAUAUUGGCGUCAUUAAUUCGCACACCCACAAUAUUGAUAUUUUUCUUGGAUAUGGAAAUAUCUCUUUUGCAAAUCAAAUGACAUAUUCAACACACCCAUAUUUAUCUCCAUGCUCUAUGGCUGUCGGUGAUUUCAACAAUGAUAGUCGAGUGGAUAUCGUCUUUGUUAGUUGUAAGUCGAACAGUAUUGGUAUUAUUCUUGGAUAUGGAAAUGGUUCUUUUGGAAAUCAAAUUAUGUAUUCAACAAGCUCAAGUUCGUCUCGAUACUCUUUAGCUGUAAAUGACAUUAAUAACGACACUAUACAAGACAUUAUCGUCGUGAAUUAUGAUGCCAAUUAUCUAGAUGUACUUGUUGGACAUGGCGACGGGACUUUCGAAAGCAUUAUGCUAGUUCAGUUAGACUAUGGUUCCAAUCCAUUCUUCAUUGCCAUUGGAGAUUUCAAUAAUGAUAAAAAACUAGAUUUUGCCGUCGCUAAUUAUGGUACUGACAGUUUAAAUAUUCUCUUGCAGACUUGUUAAUAAUUUUAUCUUGUACUUUAUAUUUUUCUAUCACUUACUUAUUUCGUAUGCUCUUAUAUUUAAUAGAAUCAUAGUUGAAAUAUUCAAAUGUUUGUAAGUGUGGAAGAUGAGUGGAGAAAGAGGAUCAGUUAGGUUUGGGUUUGGUUGUGGAUUCCUGAUGAUGUAAGCCUUAGUGUAUGGUUGAGAGUAUGAAUGAUUGUCUGGUAGUAUUGAUCUGACUGUAGUAGAAAAGUGUCUAGAUCCAUACUCGCAUACCACAAAAACGUUUUUUUUCUGUAUCAAUGACAAGUGUCAUGAUGAAACCUAUCGCAACGAUGAAAUUGAUUAUUACGUCGAAUAUUCAAGUUUAUCGAACUUUUUAAGAGCCAUUGUCUCGUGGAAUGCAAUCGUAUUGUAUGCAGUUAGAGAUCAACUCUUGCUUCAUAGUAACCUAGUUCAGUAUGACUCUAUGAAUAUCAUCAAAUCACUAUCAUUUAUUACAUUCCUUGCUUGCUAAUGAUGAUUAUCGAUACCAUAAUGUCAAUAUGUGCAAAAGAAACGAUAGUUUCUUGAGCAUGGGGAAUCAAAAGUUCAACCUGCAGUUGUCUUCAUUAAAGGAUGUAGGUGUGGAUGCCGAAUGCUGGAUGAGAUUCUUCACCACACCCGCUAACCCACGCACAAUUGAACAUCAAUCAAUUUCAAUGAUGAUCACGUUGUUCUUUUGAAUAAUACAGAUAAACUACCCUACUGACGGUGUGGGUGUGAGCACUGGGUUGAGAAUAAUACACCCAUACUCAAUUCGUCUCGAUCAACUCUCUUACCCACAAUACCUAUUCGUCCAACGAGAUCAUUCAGUGUAAAUAUCUGACUGUGGAAAUCAUUAUGUAAUGAAAUGGAUGGAAGGUGCAAAAAAGGCAUUGUCAUGACUGAUAGUCAAGGAGAAGGAAAUAGUCUUACACAAUUGUCAUAUUCAAAAGGAGUCGUUGUCGAUCAAUUGAACACCGUCUAUGUGGCUGAUACAAGGAAUGAUCGAAUCAUGCAUUGAUCCAAAGGAGCGACACAGGGAAGUGUCAUUGUUGGUAGAAACGGUAGAGGAGGAAAAUCGAAACAGCUCAAUGACCUCAUCGAUUUGUCAUUCGAUUGACAUGGCAAUCUCUGUGUGUCGUCGAUUGGGGAAAAUCAUUGAAUACAAAAAUUCAAUAUCAGAUUCAACAAGUGAAGGACUAGGAAGCCAAAGCAAAGUUAUUUUUGUAUGGUAUACGCUCCAGACAAUAUACAAAUGGAUGCCCUAUCGGAAUUCUAGAAAUCCUUGAAAAAUUAUAAUAAAAUGUACUCUACUAAUAACGAACAAAAUAUCUUACCAAAUCCAGUAAGACGCCACGCCAUUUGUAUGCAAGGAAUCCGAAACCGUGGAAACCUUGAGAAGUUUCAACAUAUCCUGAUUCAUUAAAAAUGAAUCAAAGUCAUUACAAAAGCUUGCAUUUAGAUGUUCCUGAUACUGCCUGGCACUGCCCAACGCUCGAAAAACCAUAGAUUCUCUGGAAAUCCGCGGUUUUUGCAUUGGUAAUACCACUUCCGAAAUGCGUGAGAAACCUUCCAACUCUUGAACACCAUCACUCUGGAAACAGUUUCCACCAUUGAAAACACCAAGGAAUCCUUAGAUUCCUUGAAAAUUCUAGCACAAUCCAGUUACAUCAUAAACAAAAUAUCUGACUAAACUCAGUAUGAAUCCACACCGUUUGUACGCAAGGUUUUCGAAACCUUGGAAACCUUGAAAAAUUUCGGUAUAUUCUAUUCAUUGAAAAACAAUCAAAGUGAUUAAUAAAUUUGUUUUUUUCAGGUUUCUGAUGAUUUCUGCAACACGCUAACACCUGCGAAACCAAUGGUUCUCUAAAAAUCCUUAGUUUUUGGAUUAAGUUUGACCGAACAAAAUGUGAUGAAAUCCUUCAG